AAGCGGGGUCCUUGCGGUCUGUAACCAGGAAGUGAUCUGUGAAGCCGCGCAGCAGCCUGGGCCCGCUCUCCGGACGCGGUCGCCAUGGUCGUGGAGGUGGAGGGAUUCUACGGGGUGUAUCUGCUCUACUGCACCAACCCCAAGUACAAGGGCCGGAUCUACAUCGGCUUCACCGUGAACCCGGAGAGACGGAUCCAGCAGCACAACGCGGGCAAACAUAAAGGGGGAGCGUGGAAGACCAGCGGACGGGGACCCUGGGACAUGGUGCUGAUCGUCCAUGGAUUUCCCAACGACAUCGCGGCCUUACGGUUUGAGUGGGCCUGGCAGCACCCUCACGUCUCACGCCGCCUCGCGCACGUUCCGCGCAAGACCAAGAAGCAAUCCAGCUUUGACUUCCACCUCUUUGUCCUCUAUCACAUGCUGCGCGCGGCCCCGUGGAACCGCCUGCCCCUCACCCUGCGCUGGCUGCGCCAGGAGUACCACAAGGAGCUGCCUCCUCUCCUCCAGCCUCCUCUGCACAUGCCCCUGGCGUUUGGACAGGUCCGGGCUCGGCCCAUCCCCAAAGGCAAAGCGGGAGAGAAGGGGCAAGAGGAGGGAGAAACCCAAGAGGGUCUCCUGCUCAAAGAGACUGCCCCUCAGCGAUGCCGCAUCUGUUACCAGAAAGUGCAGAGCGAGGAUGACCGUCUCCGCUGCUUCCACCCCGGCUGCUGUCUGACCGCGCAUGUCCUGUGUCUGGCAAAAAACUUCCUUCAGAAAGAACCCGAGCAUCUUAUUCCGGUGGAGGGGAUCUGCCCCAGCUGCAGAAACUCUGUUUUGUGGGGAGAUCUCAUCAGAUUCAAGAACGGUUGCUACGGUGAUUUGGAGGAGAUCCCGCACUCCCAGAGCGACUGGGUGAACGAGUUACAGAACCGCGCGUGACCCCCGAGCGACUCUGUGCCAGACGGGGAGCCCCCCCAGAUUAG